AUGGUCGCCCAGCCGCAUGAGGUGCAGUCGUGUGGCAGUGCUGUCGGCAAGGCCUAUCAGGUGCAGUCGUGUGGCAGUGCUGUCGGCAAGGCCCAUCAGGAGCUGUCUCGAUGCACUGAUGUUGGCAAGGACCAUCAUGUGCAGACGAGAGGCAGUGCGUUCGGCCAGGCCCUUCAAGUGCAGACGAGAAGCAGUGCGUUCGGCCAGGCCCAUCAAGUGCAGACGAGAGGGAGUGCGUUCGGCCAGACCCAUCAAGUGCAGACGAGAAUCAGUGUGUUAGGCCAGGACCAUCAAUUGCAGACGAGAGGCAGUGCGUUCGGCCAGGCCCAUCAAUUGCAGACGAGAGGCAACGAGAGGCAGUGCGUUCGGCCAGGCCAUCAACUGCAGACGAGAGGCAGUGCGUUCGGCCAGGCCCAUCAACUGCAGACGAGAGGCAGUGCGUUCGGCCAGGCCCAUCAACUGCAGACGAGAGGCAGUGCGUUCGGCCAGGCCCAUCAACUGCAGACGAGAGGCAGUGCGUUCGGCCAGGCCCAUCAACUGCAGACGAGAGGCAGUGCGUUCGGCCAGGAGCAUCAACUGCAGACGAGAGGCAGUGCGUUCGGCCAGGCCCAUCAAGUGCAGACGAGAGGCAGACCAUCAAGUGCAGACGAGAGGCAGUGCGUUCGGCCAGGCCCAUCAAGUGCCGACGAGAAGCAGUGCGUCCGGCCAGGACCAUCAAGUGCAGACGAGAGGCAGUGCGUUUGGCCAGACCCAUCGAGUGCAGACGAGAAUCAGUGUGUUAGGCCAGGACCAUCAAUUGCAGACGAGAGGCAGUGCGUUCGGCCAGGCCCAUCAAGUGCAGAUGAGAGGCAGUGCGUUCGGCCAGGCCCAUCAAGUGCAGACGAGAGGCAGUGCGUUCGGCUAGGCCCAUCAAGUGCAGACGAGAGGCAGUGCGUUCGGCCAGGCCCAUCAAGUGCAGACGAGAGUGCGUUCGGCCAGGCCCAUCAAGUGCAGACGAGAGGCAGUGCGUUCGGACAGGCCCAUCAGGAGCUGUCUCGAUGCACUGAUGUUGGCAAGGACCAUCAAGUGCAGACGAGAGGCAGUGCGUUCGGCCAGGCCCAUCAAGUGCAGACGAGAAGCAGUGCGUUCGGCCAGGCCCAUCAAGUGCAGACGAGAGGCAGUGCGUUCGGACAGGCCCAUCAAGUGCAGACCAUAGGCAGUGCGUUCGGCCAGGACCAUCAAGUGCAGACCAUAGGCAGUGCGUUCUGCCAGGACCAUCAAGUGCAGACCAUAGGCAGUGCGUUCGGCCAGGACCAUCAAGUGCUGACCAUAGGCAGUGCGUUCGGCCAGGCCCAUCAAGUGCAGACCAUAAUCAGUGCGUUCGGCCAGGCCCAUCAAGUGCAGACCAUAGGCAGUGCGUUCGGCCAGGCCCAUCAAGUGCAGACCAUAGGCAGUGCGUUCGGCCAGGCCCAUCAAGUGCAGACCAUAGGCAGUGCAUUCGGCCAGGCGCAUCAAGUGCAGACCAUAGGCAGUGCGUUCGGCCAGGCCCAUCAAGUGCAGACCAUAGGCAGUGCGUUCGGCCAGGCCCAUCAAGUGCAGACCAUAGGCAGUGCUAUCGGCCAGGCCCAUCCAGUGCAGACGAGAGGCAGUGCCUUCGGCCAGGCCCAUCCAGUGCAGACGAGAGGCAGUGCCUUCGGCCAGGCCCAUCAAGUGCAGACGGGAGACAGUGCCUUCUGCCAGGCCCAUCAAGUGCAGUUGUGGGGCAGUGUGGUCGGCCAUGUCUAUCAAGUGCAGUGA